AUGUCUACAAGAGGAAGCUUGUCAAUCCUGACAGGGGACUUAGUGCUUCUGAAUACUCCUUGCUUUCCAUCUAAAGAGAUGCAAGCCUGGCCUCCACUCGCUGUCGAAGGAAAGUUCCCUUAUCAGGGAAACCUGAAGAUCAGAUGUCAGCCCUGUUCGAUUUUCUUGGCUAAGAAGAUCCGUUAG